AGAAAUAAAAAAUAAUUUCAGAUCUGUCCCUCCCCGCCGCCGCGUCCCCGCGCGCAGCCUCCGCGCCCUGCCCCGCCUCCUUUCAGGCACAAGCCAAUCGGCGGGAGGCAUAACAUGAGGUCGACGGACGAGCGAAUCAAUCAACAUGGGGCUAGAGGGUAGAGAGGCGGGCGGCAGAACCAAUGAGGAGAUCGACGCUUCUGGUCCCGCCCUUUUCUAGAAUGACGAGUCCCGCCCAGCAGGGAGAACGGCGUCCAGAGCAGCCCGUGAAAUGUUCAAGAAGACCUUGCGCUCUACCCAGCAUUUCAAGAUGUCAACAUCAUGGUGGUCUUGGGCUUCGCCUUCCUCCUGGCCUUCCUCAGAAGAUACGGCUUCAGCAGCGCUGGAUUCAGCCUUUUUCUUGCAGCCCUUGGAGUGCAGUGGGCUUUGAUCGUGAAUGGCUUCAUUUUCCAUUUCUCAGAUGGGCAAGUGAAGAUAAAUCUGCAAAGCAUCUUGGCAGCCAUUAUGAGUAUUACAGCGGUGCUGAUUUCAGCUGGCGCGAUCCUCGGCAAAGCCAACCUGAUGCAGUUAAUCUGCAUGGCUAUGGUGGAGGUGGCUGUUUUCGCUGGGACCAGAUGGAUCAUUGUGGAUGUUCUGGGGAUUAAGAGCCACAUCAGCUUGAUGCAUGUUCAUUUGUUUGGGGCAUUUUUUGGCUCCACUGUCUCCUGGUUCCUCUACAAUUCCUCACUGCACCCAAAAGUAGAGAAAGAAAGAUCAAAGCCUGCCUCUGAUGUGUUUGCAAUUCUGGGUACUCUCUUCCUUUGGACAUUCUGGCCCAGCUUCAAUUCUGUGUUGGUACAGAAAGAAGAGGAAAAACAGGCUGCCAUUUACAACACCUAUUUUGCAAUGGCUACAAGUGCUGUGGCCGCAUUUGCGUUCUCAAAGGCUACCAGUAGUGAUGGGACGUUCCACAUGGCCCACAUCCAGAAUGCCACUCUGGCUGGUGGGGUUGCUGUUGGCUCCUCAGUUUCCAUCAUCCGAUACCCUUGGAUUGCGAUGACUUUAGGUCUGGUGGCCGGGGCAGGCUCUGUGCUUGGCUUUGCCUUUUUACAGAAGCGCCUGGAACCAGCGCUCAGGAUUCAUGAUACCUGUGGAGUUCUUUACACGUUUGGCCUGCCCAGUUUGAUUGGAGGGAUCACUCGCAUUAUUCUUAUCCUAAUAGACAGCCAGGAAGACCUAGAAGGAAUGGGUUAUUUGGCUUUGACUGAACUUGGUGCAUCCUGCGCGAUCAUUUCCCUGGGUCUGAUGGCUGGACUCAUUACAGGUUUCUUACUAACUUUUGAAUUCUGGAAAGCACCUCCUAUAACAAAGUAUUUUGAUGAUCAAGCUUUUUGGGAGUUUCCACAUUUAGCUGCUGGAUAUUGAAUACAGGCAUCAAGACUGCAGUAAACUAGUUGUGGAAGAUUUUGUCGAUCUGCCAUUAAAGCCACCAGAAGUUGUGUAACCUUUUCGUAGGAACCAUUUGUUUGCAAGACUGAAUGAACUACAUUACUGCUUCAUUAAGGAGGCUGCCAACCGCCUUCUUUUCUCUAAGGCAUACUAUUUACAGCUGAACCUGCAAAAUGCUGAGGAUUUUGCUUUGGCAGGGGGGGACGUGCAUAUUAAAUGUGGAUUUUACCUCACUUGACCUCCCCCUGCCAGCACCUUAAAUGCAGUGGUUUUAACAACUUUCCACACUGAGUUGUCUGUUGUAAAAUUCUUGCCACCUUGCAGAGGAUUCUGGGGGCAUUUUCUAGGCGGUGCACUUUCAGCUGUAGCACCUUGCAAGGGAGUGAUUGGUAAUGUGGAAAAGUUGUCCAAGUGUACAGUGUGAUAUAUGGAGCUAAGUAUUUUUAUAAUAUGCUAUGCCUCCACAGUUGUGUAAUUUUAUAUCCCCGUAUGCCUACCAUCUUUCUUACUGCUACCACUGCCUUUAAUGUCCCAAUUAACCCUGUGCAUAAAUGGCCUAAGUGGAUUGUGACUCCAGCUGAAAAAUACUAAAGCAAUGAAGUCAGCAUGGGAAAUGAACUGCUGCUUACUAUCACAAACUGAAUGUUAGAACACUGCCUCUACAGCACCACCAUAAAGCCACCAGUAACAAGACAAGAGCCAUCAUACUUGGAAGUCACAGGCCCAGCAGAAGCUUCAGAAGCAUGGUAACAUUUCAGUUAAUAGUUCAGGUGUGGGAAACCUUUGGCCUGCCAGAUGUUAAUAAACUACAGCUCCCAUCAGUCUUAGCAAGCAUGGCCAAGGGCUAGGAAUGGUGGGAGCUGUAGUUCAGCAACAUCUGGAAGGCCCAAAGUUCCCCACACCUGGUACUUAAGUCUCCCCCAGAAAAAAGCAGCCUAAUAAUUGGUUGCUAUGAUGCAAAUCAGCCUGUCAUGCACUGGAUAACCUUGCAAGGUACAAAAGCUCAGAUCCAGGCAGAAAAUGUAUAAGAACUCCAGCUAGAGGGACCCAUUUGUAGGCAAGACCUCUGCACCCCUAGGAUCAGUGGAAGCUUCCAUCUUGCUUAGCUCCACCUGCCCAUCAUUCUGCUUUCUAGGCUGACCAUCAGAGAGAGCACCCAUUCCCGAUAAAUAUCCCAGUGGCACUUGUGUGAAUGAGUGUGACCUCUCUAACUUUGAUUUCUGAACUGCAUUCAAUAAAUGUGUUGUUUUGCCUUCCCCCA